AUGGCUUCUUACCGUCAACAGAAGCUGAAUCUUUUGCUACUCUUAGCAAUCGCCGCUCCUUCGACGAACGCGCUAGCCGCUCGUCAGGCGACGGAAACAGUUCCAGGAGAUAGAACCUCGACCACGACUUCACUCCCACCGACUCUCACUGCACCAGCAAUUGAUCCCAACGACGAAGAUGCCUUCUCUUGCUGGUAUGCUUCAUUUGCAUACUCUACCAUAUCAUCACAAAUCAGUAGCGCCGCCGCUGCAGUUCCAUAUACAUCAGCUCAAUUCUUUUCCACCUAUACAUCAACCGACUGUUGUUACCUCUACCAACCUCCCCGGUCCACCACUACACUGUGUGAUGGGUAUCCACGCGUUCUUUCAAUACCUGAGGAUACCUACAAUGUGACAAAAACCACGAUUCUUUAUGACUAUACACUUUCAACCCAAGGCGCGCUUCCAUCACAUACAGAAGUGCUGCCUUCAUGUACAGUGGACGUGGAAGAACCUGCUUGCACAAAAAUCUGGUCUCAAUAUGACUAUACAUACACAUCGUUAAAAUCUGCCUCGAACUCCUAUUACGAUACCUACGCAUUGUAUGGUAGACCUCCUUGUCCAUCGCCCAUGACAGCCUGUCCGUCCGCCAAAACAACAUGUUCCGUUGAAUUGGAAGAUGCGACGGUGUAUUACUGGCCAGUGACAACCACCUCGGGUGACUUUUGCGCUCGCAACGGAACGACCAUCACACCAUCACCAACCGACCCUCCAGCCCCGGAUACCACAGAGAUAGGAGACAUGACCUUCACCUCGCCCUCCGUCUACAUCGUUGCGCCAGAUGCGUACGCUUGGUACAAAACCUCCGGUCACGGACUCAUCUCAUAUGGUCGAAUGUGCGGCCACUCCGAGACGUCCGCCACGUAUACAAUUGCCCAGGAAAGCAUCAGUACCAUGUAUGUUCAUGAUAAAGGCGUACAUUAUCCUAUGGACUGGGAGGAUAUGAAUACCAUCCGUCAUGAAGCAUACCAAAGGGCCUGUGGUAGACGAUAUGGAUGUAGCAGUUUUACGGACAUUGUUAGCUCAUUUACGCCGCUUGUCGUACUUCCUGAUGAGAUUCGGACGCAGGAGGUGGGUUGGAGUGGGUGCGUUGGGGAAUCUUAUUUCAGACCUACGUUUGUGGAGCUGGGUGGCCGACCAAGAGUGGACGAUGAAGAUGAUGAAGACGAGGAUGAGGACGAGGAUGAGGAUGACGAUGACAAGAGGAAGCCCAAGAUUACUGCCCCUGCCAAAGUGAUUGCCGCCAGUACUAGUACGAUGGGUACUUUUGAUCCAGAAGCUACUACCAAGCAAUUCAACGUCAAGCACAUGGAGUUUGUGGAGGAGGUAAGGAUUCUCGUGUUGGAUGGAGGGCCACCGAGAGUAAUUGGGGCUUGA